GGGGGGGCUCGGGAGAUUCGGGGGGCCCUUGAGGCAGGCCUGCAGAGCUGACCCCACGCUGGCCCUUCAUAGUGGGGUUUAAGGGUGUUUGAGGAGCGUGCUCUUCCCUUUUCCUCCUGAAAUGCAGCAAAGGGGAGGUGGAGGAGUUGUCAACAGUUGUCCGAGCUGCGAAUACUGUAAAAUAACUUAAAAAAAAAAAAAAAAAGAGGGAGCCUCAGACUUAAAUCCUCCCUGAAAGUGUCCAGCUGAGAAGAGAGCAGGAAUGCAAGGAGAGGCCUCCAAAUAAUUAAUAAGUGAUAAAUGUUCAGUUUAAUACGAGGAGAAAAACUGCUGCUUUUUGUUAAUGAUCCAACUUCUCCUUUCUUUUCCAAACGCACUCAGAGUGGUGAACUCCAGUCUUGCAAAUACUUUAGUUGGUGGUUGGCUUUGUGAAUGCAGAGUUCGUGCCCGGAAAACAUGCAGGUGUUUUCAACGUGGGCGACGAGAAGGAACAUUUAAAAAAUAUUCUCUGUCCCGCAAGAAGUGAGAAAGGGGAAAAAAAACCAACCCCAAACUGGAAAGUCCUAAAGGGCAGGUGGUUGUGGCAGUCAGACACAUGCAUUGUAAAUGCAUCAAAGCUCCUGAUUGCAGGGUAAACUCUGAGUAACUGCUCUGGGCUCUCGAUUUCCGAGCUUCAGGUGUUGCAUGUAAUAACUGUGCGCCUGGAAAAAGUGAUAAGUUCAAAUUAUGAAGUGAAAUGUGUUUGUGGAGGGAGAUGAUGUGGGCCGUGUAUCCCCGUGAGAUUUAAGGGGGGAGGUUUGCUGUUUGGCUUUCCUUUGAUGGGCUUGUGCUACUGAUAGCUGGAUCUAGUGGUCACUGAGGACAGGGUGGGAUGUUUCUCUUGAAAGAAGAAGAAAUAAGAAAGGACUAGAGCUUUCCAGCUGUCUCAUGGAACUGCGAUCGAAGGAAAGAAUUCAAUCGAGGGCCUCAGUGCUGUUGGAGUCGCUGUUAUGCUGGGUGGCACCGUGCCUGUUUGCACAGACAUCCGUUUGUAGCCGCUUACUGAGCGUUGUACAUGAGUUAAUGGGUAGACUCUAAAGUCAGUCUUUGAUAGGACUGGCGUACCAGCGUAACCCCAUCGCUGGGGAAAAUGCUGUAGUUCACUAUUGCCAUAAUUAUGCUAUGCUUUAUGUAGCUUGGAAUAAAUAGAGACGCUGUUGUCCAGGGCGUUGAGCGCAGCUUUUGGAUUCUGCUCCUUUUAUGACCUUGAACAAGCCACUGCAGUUACCAAGGUUUGUUUUACCCUCUACCAGCAGCGAACAGGGAUGGUUCCCCCAUGCUUAGUUGCUUGUGCUGGGGUCAGAGGGAGUGCCUCAGAGAUUAAAUCAUGUUCUUAAAGAGCUUUAAAUUGUGAACAACUUUGCUGGUGCUUUUGUAGGUUCUGCUUUUGGAACUGGAUCCACAUGGGCAAGUCUUUGUGUCCGUGCAAGGCGCUGUUGAGCUUUCAGCAAAUACUUGUUCCCAUGUGUGAAGAUGUCCUUGGUGGACCUAGGGAAGAGGUUGCUAGAAGCAGCUCGCAAAGGCGAAGAUGACGAAGUGCGAAAGCUGAUGGCAAGCGGUGCUCCCUUCACCACUGACUGGCUUGGGACGUCGCCUCUUCACCUCGCUGCCCAGUAUGGCCACUAUUCGACAGCAGAAGUGCUGCUUCGAGCUGGCGUUAGCAGAGAUGCCCGAACAAAAGUGGACCGGACGCCACUGCACAUGGCUGCGGCUGAUGGACACACUCAUAUUGUAGAACUGUUAAUUAGGAACGGGGCUGAUGUAAAUGCCAAGGACAUGCUGAAAAUGACCGCUCUGCACUGGGCAACAGAGCACAACCACCGCGACGUCGUCGAGCUGCUCAUCAAAUACGGAGCUGAUGUCCACGCUUUCAGCAAGUUUGAUAAGUCAGCUUUUGAUAUUGCUUUGGACAAGAACAAUCCAGAGACGCUGGUAAUGCUACAGGAAGCAAUGCAGAACCAGGUAAACACUCACCCAGAGAGAACGGAUCCCAUCACCAACACUGUGACUCUCACCUCACCAUUUAUUCUUACGUCGGGGGAAGUUCUCAAUCUCGCUGGUCUCGUCUCUUCAGGAAACGCCAAAACAACCUCAGGUGACUCGCAGUUUUCCAAUUCAACCACCUCCGUGCUUGCCACGCUUGCGGCCCUCGCUGAAGUAUCGGCACCACUGUCCAACUCCGACAGAGACACAGAUAAGACGGAGGAAAUAGUGGAAGCAAAUUCUGUGGAUUCUGCCAUCCAACAAGUGGUUGGCAGCGGAGGGCAGCGCGUCAUUGCCAUUGUAACAGACGGAGUUCCCCUGAGCGGCCUGCAAACAGCCAGCCCCACCACUGGCCUCAGCCAGCCCUUCAUCUUAACCAUGCAAGAUGGACAGCAAGUUUUAACUGUACCUGCUGGUCAGGUUGCAGAAGAGACUGUUGUUGAAGACAGAGAUGACGCAGAAGAGGAAGAAAAGCCUCUGGCCAAGAAGCAAAAAGUGGAACAAAAUGUAGAUGACUCGAAGGAAGACAAGGACAGCGUUGAAAAGGAAGUGCUACAGCAGCAGUUGCAAGAGGCAAACCGGAAAGCUCAGGAAUACCGCAGCCAGCUCCUGAAGAAGGAGCAAGAGGCGGAGGAGUACCGGCUGAGGCUGGCAGCCAUGGUGAGGCAGCAGCCCAACGGGGACGAGGUGACGGUGCUCGAAGGGGUCCCUGAAGCUGACCCGCUUGUGGUGACCUCAGAAGACAUCAAGGAAUCGGUGCUGGCCAUGCUGGAAACGGAUCAGCCAACGGAUAUCGCUGUGGAAACUGUUACCUCCUAAUCCUCAGUGAUUGGCUGGGUUUUGUAAAAGAAAAUAACUUUUUUUUUUUCUCUUUUUUUUCUUGUUAAAUACGGUGCUGUUGGCAAGUGGUGUUGAGAGCAGAGGGCUGUUGUCAAAGCCACCCCAUCGCCAGGGGUAGAAGCUUCUCCAGCCGCUCGCAGCUUAACUCUGCAUCAGUGCCUGCCCAAAGGUGCUUUUAAAGCUUGACCUUGAGAGAUUGGAAGCUUUUUAACAAAAUAUUAGCCAGCGAGUGACCUGACAGCUUAUUUGGUAACGUCAAUACCUGCAUUGUUGGGGAGGGGAAGAGAAAUCCCUUGUUGCCAAAGCAGCUGGUGCAAGCCCUCGGCUGCCUGGAAACGCGGCACUGCCGACAGGCUUCCUGCGAUAACCUGAGGUGUUCGCUCCCUCUGCGAAGCCGAGUGACUGGAUCCUCACCUCUAAAAAGUGUUGUCUCUUGGGGAUUAUAUAGUGAAAAGUGAAUUAUAUAUUUUUUUUUCUUCCAAAACCAUGAAUCUUUUUGAUGGAGGCAACCUUCAAUGCAAGAGUGAAGGCCGGGCUGGAUGUCUCGGAGCGUUUCACGCUAUCAGGGAAUACCACGCUUUGGGGGAGCCCUUCGUCAGAGCCCUUAACUACCCAAAGGGAUCGCAAAAAUUCCUCCUCAAUUUUGUGAUACUUAGUCAAAUGUUCAAUUUGACACUUCUGCGCUGAACAGUAGCGUGAACUGAUUAGAUAUGCAAAGCUCUACAUACGGCGGUUGCUGCAAGACAGCUUGGGAGUCAAGUUCUCUCUGGAGAUACAUAUGUCACUUCUCUUUUUUACUAAACAGGUUUUAUUUUUAAAGAUACUAAAACCUUUUUUAACAAGCAGCUGAUCUUGUUACUGAAAUGUCUGGGCUUUUUUUACUCUUUGCAGGCCCGUUUAGCGCAGGGAUCCGUUCCUGCGGAUCGAGGACUUCAGGGCGGCAGGGCACUGAUGGGAAGCACCUCGAGUAAUUGUGUGGAGCUUGAUAAUGAAAGAUCAUCAAGUGAAGUUUAGAAAAAUACCAUAAACGAGUCAAGUUUAGAAAAAUACCAUCACGCGAGCUGUGCUGCCGGUUGCAGAAAGGUUCUAAGGGUGAGGAGUGAGGUGCAGCUCCGAGGCGCUAGCAGCUGGCCUGCUCUGUCAGAGUAUCUCAUAAGAUAGAAAUCCAGCUCUUCUGGCCCAAGUCUAUUGGUUUGGGGUUGUUCGGGUUUUUUUGUCCUUGUUUUGUAGCCGUUGGCAGCAUUCAAGGCAAUAAUUCAACGUCAUGGUCCUUGCAUUGUAUUUUUCCCCCCUUAUUCCCAAGCGUGUCCAAAUAAUAGAGUUUUCUCUUGGUUCAGGUACUGCCUUUAACAUUUCUUUGCCGGUAGAUCAGCCCUAUCGUGACGGCAGAGACGUAAUACGGACUAGUGAGUUCAUAAAAGUGUGGACGUACGGUCACAGCUCUGAAGGAAUUUCUCGCCCCAAGAGGAAUCUGCUUUUCAUCCUAAAAACGGUCAGUUCCUGGCAAAGGUGGGAUGCGCCAAAGCCCCGUCUCCGGCAGCGUUUCACCGGGAGCGGGAGGUUUGUGUCACUCUUACUGGAAAGGCUUCCUGAGACUCACUGGGUUUUGAGAAUCUAAGUGCAUUUAUUUAUAACCAGUGUAGCUGUAUUUAUAAAUAAGACUUUUUUUAAUCUUUUUUUCCAAAAGAUGUCUUGAAGAAGGCUUUAAUAAUUAUUUUUUAUGAAUGAAUAUUUGGAGAGACUCUGGUCCUGGUUAUUGGUUACUUCGGGGUUUCCUCGCUGACUUCGAGCACCCAUUAAGUUAUUUUAUUCCCCAGAACAUCAGCAGUUUGGGUCUGUCUGAACUAAAAAUCUGCGUCGGAGAGUUGGAGACAGUAUUAAAGCAAAUCCAGGCAGAUUCUUCUAAUAGCCAGAAGCGUUUGCGCAUGUAAAAGGACACUGUCAACUUUGGCUUUUAUGUUUUGCCUGAAAUUUGUGCUUAUUGUUUGUAAAUUUGAAGAGCUGGGCAGCUGUCGCCUACAUAAACGCUGUGUUGUGCCUUCCACAGCACGGCGAUUCUCAGUGAUUUCCAUCCUUCCCCUGAAAAAGGUCGCUUUUGCCAAAAAGUCCCUUCAGCCGGGAAACAAACUUCCCCUUCACAAGAGGGGUGGGGGGGAAAGAAAAAAAAAAGCUCGUGUGGCUCCCGGUAUCGGGGUUUGGUUUUUAGAGUUGGAACAAAUAAAGCUGACAGUGUUCUUACUGCUUGGCCUGGGGGGUGGGGAUCACACGUUAAUUUUAUUUUUAGAAGUACGGGGUCUGAACAAAGACGGGGAGAAUUUGAUCUCCGCCCAGUGUUUAGAAAGAAUUCCAACCCGGCCGCGUCCUCUGCCCUUCCACGGAGGAGUUGGAGCUUUUUAAGCCCAGGGCAGCAGUUUCUGCUGGGUGCGUGGUGGACCGGGCUGGCGCGAGCGGGUAAAUUGCCUCCCACGGGAGUCCGGGAUGGAUUCUGCCACGUCGGGGCUCUUCCAGCCCACGCCUUCCCUGCCAGCGCAGGGUUUGCAGAGCUGAAAGGCAAAAAAGCCCCUGCCUGGCUCUCGGGGCUGCUGUUACCGAGGCGAGGAGCCCUUGUGAGUUUGGGAUCGCCCCGCACUCACUCCCGCGGGCGGGAGAAUCCCGGUUCACUUCCCAGGAACGCUGGGGCAGGAGCUGAGGUCUUAACAGGAACGUGUGUUGUUUCUCCUCGGUGUUAAAGAAACCGUUUUGGGUUUGAUUAGGCUGUAUUUCCCUCUGGUCUGAGUAACCAGCUCUAACCGGUUCCCAUUAUCCCAAAUCGGAAGCAGGGCGUUGUAAAUCCGGUGGGGAUGAGCGGAGGUCACGGAAACGCCAACUUAAAUCCUCUCCAGCCGACGGCGCAGGGGAAUAUCAGCCCCCGGGCGCUGAGCUGAGCCCGGGUCCCUGGGGCCUUCCCUCUCCGUCCCCCCCUGCCCCGACCCUUCGCCCGCGGGGCGGCUCUCGCUGCCAAAUCUGAUUAUUUCUGUAAUCUCGCCUUUAUCAGCUUGUUUGCCCCGUGCCAGGCGCGGCACCGCGUAUUUAUGGCAGGGUUAAAUUGCCACUUCGCAGCAGCAGGUCCCUUGUGGACCCCGUUAGCGCUGGGCCGAGGGCUUGGGCCCCUUUUUCCACCCAGGUACGCGGUUGGAAAUGUGGAAAUUUCAACAUUUAUUUUUUUUUUUUUUUUUUGUACUAUGUUUCUUAAUAAAAUACCGCAACCUCAGUCAGCAGCUUUGCACCCCCCCUAUGCCAGCGCAUUGCCAGCCCCUUUGUGUCCCAUGGUGUCCCAUGUGCCACCCUCUCUGUGGGGACACCCAACGCUGGGUCUUCGCCCCGUCCUCAAGCUGGGCUCAGGAGCUGGUGGCACC